AUGGCUUCUUCACUUCUUUCGAUCCUCGAUUUCGCCGCCACCUCCAAGGUCGUAUCCCCUGCCCCCACUGGUACCAACGCCACGUCAACCACUGCCAACUCCCCGUCAGCCGCAACUGACGCCACUUCAACCACAACCAACGCCAUGUCAGGCACUCCUGCUGCCACAUCGGAGGCCUGGGAGGAGGCCAUGCGCACUCAGCUCUCCACGUGGUUCGACGACCCAGAUUUCGUCGACGAGGUUCCGUCAAUGACGGUUACCGUCGGCGAUAACGCCCUCUGUCAACUCGACGGCGUCGCGACGGUCGCGCUUCCUCCCGAUUCGGUCUUCUCCGUCGUGUGCGAUCCGCACAACCGGCGCGUGUUCAAGAACAUCAAGUCCGUGAAGAACGAGCGCGUCGUGAGUGACUGUAACGGGGUGAAGGAGCUAGAAAUGGACAUGGUCUUCGCGUUCCAGCUGCCUUUCUUUACAGGCACAUUCGACGCCGAAGUGCGAAUGGUCCACGAUCGUCCGAACCGCAGGAUGACGUUCGCGCUCAAACAACCCGGCUUCAUGCGCAAAUUCGAGGGCUACUGGCAGGUCGAACCGCUCCUCGUCCCCGCGUCUUCCGCGAAUGCCCCCUUUCCCACGUCUCUCGCCUCCAUCUCCUCCUCUUCCGCCCCCUGCUCCCCUAGUUUCACUUCCGCGCCGCAAUCACCCAUCUCGGAUUCUUUUCCGUCGGGUCGCCCGGAAGGCGACGAGACGGACUGGCCUGGCAGCGCCAGCAGCAGCCCAGAUCGCCCGCCGAGCUCCGCGGACCCGGGCGCGGGCGGCGCGGGGGACGCCGCCGCGAUUGGCGCGGGCGUGCGGGUGGCGUCGCGGCUGACGCUGCAUCAGGUGGUGCAGCCGUCGCUGGCGCCGCCGGCGAUCUUCAAGCGAUGCAUCCACACGAUUCUCCAGAUGGCCACGCGCACCGUGCUGGUGGUGUUUCAGCACGAAGCCGCGCGGAUCCGGAGCAACAAGGGGGAAGCGGAGGUGGAAGCGGAGGGGGAGAAGGGCGGAAGAGGGCUCUGGAUGUUGGAGAGUUGA